AUGGCAGACCCUUUUGCAAACCUAUUAACUUCUUUGAAAGAAAAUAAGAAAACAAAUCAAAAUGGAGCAAAUGCUAGUGGUAUCAACACUUCGAAUACUAAUGUGAAACAGGAAUCAAAUAUUACGAAACCGAUGGUGGUUCCUUCCCAAGAGAUUCAUGUAAACGAUUCCAUUCAUAAUGAUCUUGAUGAUUUGUUUGGAUUUUCUUCGCAAAGUGAUACACCUGGUCAAGGUUCACAACAAAAACAAAAUUCAAUCAAUAUAAACUCAACGAAUGAUGACGAUUUUAUGAGUGUAUUUGAUAAAUUUGACUCUAAAGAACAAAGCGUUCAGCAAUCUAUACCGAAUGAUUCAUUACUAUCAUCUUCUUCUAAUAAAAAUGAAAACUCACCAGUAGUAGAUGAAGUAAAAGAUAUGGAAGUAGCCCAGUUGAUGUCCUUGGGGAUAUCAAUUGAUAAAGCCAAUAGUUAUUAUAAUAGAGGUAUCUUAUAUGAUGAUUUAAUUAAAAGAAAAAAAUUGAAACAGAUGGAAGAAAAAAGAAAAGAAAAUGAUAGACUUGAAACAACUUUCUUCAAUGAUAAUAAUACCAAUAAGAAAACCGUAUCAUCAUCAAUUUUCUCUGUGGCAACAGAUUUUUUAAAUAAAGGUAAAGAUCUUGUUGAUCAAUUAACUGCAUACCCUGAUGAAGAAUCGAAUAGACUUUAUAAAUAUAAAGGGAAUGACAGCAACUCCAUGGAAAAUAUUGAUGACGAAAGAUCUCGUUUUAAGCCGUCAGUGAAUAAAGAAAAAUUAUUAGAUGAUGAAUCUAACCCAUUUGAUAUUAAUAACUACGAAGCAAAGUUUGGGACACAACCUUCCAGAACGUCAGAUUCAUCCACUUGUAGAAUAUCUACAGGCUCUACCGAACUGCCUGCACAAGUUAGAGAUGCUACGGAAGGCGAUUUAUUGGGUGAUUUCAACGAACAUGUGACCAUAACAGAAAACCCAAUUGUCAAUCCUUCGAUUCAGACCCAAUCAGGAGAAUCAAUAACUUCACAAAAUCCACCCUCACAAUCAACAUUAUUGGAUUUCGAUAAUAAUACUGGGAAUAAAGGAAGUAAAACUGAUGUGCCCGAGAAUAAUAAUAUAUUACCCAUGAUCCAUAUAUCCUCCAUGGAAUUGUCUGGGUAUGAUGAAUUUAAUUUAAAUGCUAAACAACUGUUCAGUAAUGGUAAUUACAGUUCUGCUUUUGAAGAAUAUGAAAAAUCAUUGAAUACACUACCUGUAUCACAUCCUUUACGUAUAGUUGCUUUGUCCAAUAUGAUAAUAUCUCAAAUUAAGAUUGGUGAUUACUCUAAAUGUAUUGAAAACGGAAAAAUUGCUUUAAACAUGUUUCCACAAGAUAAAAGGCAAUGGAGUAACACUAUUCAAAAUAGUAACCCCUCUAAAACAUACAAAGAGCUAUGGUCCAAAAUUGUUUCAAGACAGGCAGAAGCCUAUGAACAUCAAGAAAAUUUCGAGGUUGCCCUUGAUACUUUACAGUUAUUGCUAGAAAAUGGUAUUCAUGAUCCAAAAAUUAUGAGUGCCAAGAGGAGAUGCCAAAAGGUCCUAAAUCCAGAAGCUUUUGCAACCAAACCAAGAACAGACUCGUCUACACCGGUCCCUAACACUGUGAAAAACUCGAUAACUAGAGCGCCUGUUAUUAAUAAUCCAAAAAUAAAUAAAAAUGUACAGGAAAUAAAAGAACUGCAUAUCAAAGAAGAAGAAAUUGAAAAACAAAAACUGGCCUUAUAUGAUACAGUUUUCAACAAAGUGGAAAAAUGGAAAGAUAAUAAACCUGAUGAUAUUAGAUUCUUAUUAUCUAAUUUAUCAGCCAUUAUUUCAUGGACUGACUGGAAACCUAUUUCAACGGCAGAUUUAGUCAUACCCAAAAAAGUAAAAAUCACUUACCUAAAGGCAAUUGCCAAGUUACAUCCCGAUAAACUUUCGAGCAACUUAGGUUUGGAAAAUAGAAUGAUUGCUGAGGACGUCUUUAGCGUGUUAAGUGUUGCUUGGGAGAAGUUCAAGAAAGAAAACAAUAUGAACUAA